UAGAAUGGCUGGGUGGGCGGAGAGUCCUUAGAAGGGGCCAACUUCUAGCCUGAGGGCCUGGGGGCUUCCAGGGAUCUGCAGCCGAGCGGAAGACUGGUCUUGCGUACAGCGAGGCCUACGAGAGCUAAGUGGGCUGAGGGUCCCUGGAAAAGACCAGCCUGGGGGCGGGGACCAUCGAUGCCCCAGGCUCUAGAGGCCGUGGGCUCCCGGGGGCCUGAGGCUGGACUGGGGUCGCCGGCGGGCUCGGGGAGGCCCGGGUGGGCGCACCGGGGCCCUGCCUGCGGCUGACGGGCUGGGUCGAGGGGGAGGCUGGAGAGGCGGGGUGCCGGCCGGGGCGGCGGCGCGGGCUCGGGACGCCAGGGCUCCCUCUCCCUCCUCCCGCCCGAGCCAGCCUCGGGCGCCGGGCGCCUCCCCCGAUCCUGAACCAGCGCCAGCGCCGGGAGGCCCGGAGCCCGGCCCGCCGCCGCGGCCCGCGGAGGGAGCCGCCGCCGCCGCCGCCGCCACUGCCGUUGUCGCCGCCGCCGCCAGGCCGCGCCCCGCCCCUCCGCCGCCGCCGCCGCUCUCGGUGAGGCUCGCGCUCGAGCUGCGGCGCCGGCUCCUGCCGCCUGGGCCCCGGGCCCGGCCCCUCCCGCGCCGCCCGGGCGAUGAGAAGCUGCUUCUGCGUGAGACGGAGCCGGGACCCGCCGCCGCCGCAGCCACCGCCGCCGCCGCCCCAGCGGGGAACAGACCAGUCCACCAUGCCUGAAGUCAAAGACCUCUCAGAAGCCUUGCCAGAAACGUCAAUGGAUCCCAUCACGGGAGUCGGGGUGGUGGCUUCUCGGAACCGAGCCCCGACAGGUUAUGACGUAGUUGCACAGACAGCAGAUGGUGUGGAUGCUGACCUCUGGAAAGACGGCUUAUUUAAAUCCAAGGUUACCAGAUACCUGUGUUUCACAAGAUCAUUUUCCAAAGAAAAUAGUCAUCUGGGGAACGUGUUAGUAGAUAUGAAGCUCAUUGACAUCAAGGACACACUGCCUGUGGGCUUCAUCCCAAUUCAGGAGACGGUGGACACACAGGAAGUGGCUUUUAGGAAGAAGAGGCUGUGCAUUAAAUUUAUUCCACGGGAUUCAACGGAAGCUGCGAUUUGUGACAUUCGGAUCAUGGGCCGGACCAAGCAGGCCCCACCUCAGUACACGUUUAUUGGGGAACUGAACAGCAUGGGGAUCUGGUAUCGAAUGGGCAGAGUACCAAGAAAUCAUGACUCAUCUCAACCCACAACGCCUUCCCAGUCAUCAGCUGCCUCCACCCCAGCCCCCAACCUUCCCAGGCACAUCUCCCUAACACUUCCUGCCACCUUCCGAGGCAGGAACAGCACCCGGACGGACUACGAGUACCAGCACUCCAAUUUGUAUGCCAUAUCAGCAAUGGAUGGUGUGCCUUUUAUGAUUUCAGAGAAGUUUUCUUGUGUUCCAGAAAGUAUGCAGCCCUUUGAUCUCCUGGGAAUCACCAUCAAAUCUCUAGCAGAAAUCGAAAAAGAGUACGAGUACAGCUUCCGCACAGAGCAGAGCGCAGCCGCCAGGCUCCCGCCCAGCCCCACCAGGUGUCAGCAGAUCCCGCAGUCCUGAGGAGCCAGCGGCCACCUGCGGGGAGACCACCGCCGCCCAGACUACUGACGGCAGGGGCUGCUGCCCCCGCCUCCUCCUGCCGCCUCCGCCAGCCCUCCCUCCCACACUGCCCCAGCAGGGCUGGCCUGGAGACUGGGCAGCUAAGUGGGCGCAUCCCGUCUUCAGCUGGCCUGACUGACACCCCGGCCUCCCUGGGGACGUUGUUCAUAACCAUGACUAAUCUGUGUGUGCUGUAGUGACCAGCGGCUCCUAACGUGUCUGUGUGAUGACCAGUUGUCCUCCAAAAACCUCACUCACCACGGAGUCACCCUGAGGGCCCCAGGCAGUUGCCCUGGCUGCCCAGUGACGCCCACCGGCUCCCUCCGCUCCCUCCUGUCACCUACUAGGGCAGACCCCACUAAGCCGUUGAGUCUCUUCCUGGAAGACCCUGAGGGCCGGCAGCUUUGCCUAGGACUCUCCAGGGUCGCUGAUCCUCCCCGGCGCAGGGCUGCCAGGAACAAGUUCCUCUCUGCAGGAUCUCACAGCAGCCCUGAGAAGACAUGGGAGGAAGAAGCCAGUGGCCCCAGGGUGGACCCUGCCCUUUGGACAUCCCAUGGACUUGUCACCCAGUCACCUGGAAGUCGGGGAGCAGCACCCCUACCCCCAGUGGAGGGGUUGUUGCUUUCUGGGGAGGAGGACGGUUGACAGCCCUGCUUGGAUCCACCACCAGGACGCUGUGCUCGGCCAUGACGCGCCUCCCCCAAGGGCUCAUCUGCACAACAACCACAUGCCAACGAUAGCUCCACGUGCCUCAGCCCCGUGCCCUGACCCGGGGACCACAGGGACGCCCUCUGAGACGUGCUGGCCCCAGGAGGAUACAGGCACACGGGCACCCAGCCCCUCUCAGAGCCAGGCGUGUCUUGACGGUAUCUGCUGACGGGAACAAGUCAUUCUGAAAGGUCCCUCUGACCCAGGUCACCAAAUUUGGGCCAGAACUGGCACUUCUCCUGAGUGCCCACUGGUGCUGGCGUCCUCACAGUGCCGGGCGCCAAGUUCAGCCCUAGGUGCGUUUGCCUAGGCAGUGGUGGCUGCCAUCCCUCGGGGCCCAGGCCCUCACCCGAAGGGCUGCCUCAUUCUGUGGUGUCAGGCACUGGGCUGUGUCCUGAUUCCUCAGAGUAUGGGGACCUGACAUCUUUGGGUCCCCAAGAGUUGGCUCUUGGAUGUGGGGGCUUGAUGCUGCGGUUGGGGGCUGCACUAUCUGGGUCCGUGGAAGCCUCUGCCUCAGCGGGGACAGCCUCCCGCUGCAGGUCCUGGGCAGCCCACAGUAGUGCUAGCUGAGGCCCAGAGGAACGGGAGGAAAGGGAGGCAGCGCCGGACGGCGCAGCUGGCCAAGAGGCGGGCGGGGCCAGAAAUACCUCAUGCCCCUGCACCAGCCCCUCCGUCUCCAGGCCCCAGACCCCUGUGUGGACCCAUCUUCCUCCUCUGCCACCCCGAUCUUCACUCGGAUACCUCUUGAUUUCUGUGGAUAAGGGAAGCAGCCACUUCUCCCUCCCUGAGACCCGAGGAUGCCCCUGGUGGGGGUGGCCUUCUCAGGACUCCUGGGUGGCACAGCGGCAGGACCUUGUCAUGGGACUGAUGCUGAGCAGGGAGGGGGCUGCCAGGCUGGCUGCCGAUGCUCCGUUCACAUAAGCCAGUGUGGUUCUGGGGACCUGAGGAGCCCUGUGGCACCCACAGGGGGCACCUAUGUCUGCCGUGGCUCCUCGGGUGGUGCCCUGUGUGACAAAGCCCUACAGCAAGGGUGACUCCCGGCAGGCGGGGGCAGCAGGAGGGCAGAGGGCAGAGCUCUGGCCACUUCUGCCCACUUCAUUAGGGUUUGUGAACUUUGUCCUUCACCUCUUUUCAUGCCCUGGUUGUGAGAUUGCCUCUAACAGGUAAUGCCAGGGCCCUUCACUCUGCCCCCAUGACUGGGAAGAGGCCUGUGGCAGCUCUGCUGGACCCUAGGAGGCUCAGAGGCAGUGGUGUGGGAGCCCUGUCUGCAAGGACGCAGAAUAAGCAGUGAGGGCGGCUGCAGGAGAGGAAGGGGCUCCCACAGCCCCCACUGAUGCCGCUGCAGGCCCCUGUCGAGCUGGGGUCCCAGCCAGGUGCCCCCGCAUGCCCUCCUGCAGUUGCUGGAUGGAUAGGGACACCAGGAAGAGGACAAACUGCAUGGACUCAAGCAAGCUGGAGCCAUCUUCUCCAUAGCAUUACGGACUUAGCAUAAGAGUAAAUGACUGUGAACAUUGUAGUAAACGGCAGCUUAAGAUAAGUAAGCAGAGACAGUGUUAAGGACGAGUUGGUGUCUGUGGUAGCUUUUAGGCUGCUCCUAACCCACCAUUUAUUGCCUUCUGAGAGGUGGGUGAGGACAAGCAUGUGCCUGUGUGUGCGUGCGUGUGUGUGUGUGUGCACGCACAUGCGUGUGUAUGAGCCCACCUGAGUAGGGCUCGUGCGGGAGAACUGAGGCAUGAAACUCUGGCUCAAACCUAGGAAUUGAGAGCGUUUCUGGCUUUGGGGAGAGUACUCUUCUCCACGAGCCCUCUGGCCACUGUGGGAGGGAAGGACAAGGGUUCCCUUGGAAACGUGAAGGGUCUCGGCCUCAUCCCUCAGGUCCCCCCACAGCACUUCCCACUACUGCUGCUGUCCCUGCUGGCAGCCUCUGUCCCUCCAGCACGGCUAACCAGAACUGCUGCUGUCCCUGCUGGCAGCCUCUGUCCCUCCAGCACGGCUAACCAGAGAACACUGUCCCCACCGCCUCCCCUUUCUCUCUGGAAAGUUGAAGUAUCUCCAAAGGCCUUGGAAAUGGCACAAAGGUGAUAAGGAGCAGGUGCUUUGCUGCAGGCUCCCUUGCAAAUGUAUAAUUAAGGCCUUUCUUCCCACCCCAAGUCGAACAAAUGCCAGCCACGUCCUCCGCCACUUGGAGAGAUGAGAACCCAGUGGGGUCACGUAAAGGAAUUGCAGGUUGGUGAGAGGACAAGAGGGACUCCCAUGUUCUAAGCACCUGUUCCUGGCCAGGCUCCAGGCCAGGCUCUCUAAGCACAUUUCUCCUUUCAUUCCCCCUAAAAACAGAGUGACCUGGAAGUAGAUGUUCUUUGCUCCUUGUUAGAGUUAAAGAGGCUGAGACUUGGCCCGCUGCUAAGCGGCAGAGGCAGGGCCAGCCAUCCUGUCGCAAGCCCGUGCUGGGGCUGCCCUUUCUGUUUCCAGUCCAGUUACGGACUUCCCGGCCGCCACUGGGCCCUGCCGGUCACCAGGCCACUGUGCAGUGGGCACAGAGCAUGGUCAGGAGUGGCCUGCCCGUACUCCUCCACCCAGAUGAGGGCCCUCCAGAGCCUGCAGGCAUCUGUGGGGAAUCCCAGCAUGCAGGUUCUUGGAGAAGCAGGUGAGCCUAAGGAUGAAAGCAAAGGAGGGCCUUAAGGAAGCAGCCCCCAGGCCUGGCAGCCAUGCGGCGGCUGAGCUCAUGAACUUGGUUCGCAGCCUGCCUUGCCCCUGGAGGCCACGCCAGGCGCUCACCCCUGAGCCCACAGCCCCUGCUUGGGCUGCCUGGCACCCUCAGGGUGGCCCGGCCUCCUCCUGCCACUCUGAGCACAUGUCCGGGGGUUGCCACCAGAGACGGCUUUGUUCUCCCAGCUAAGGCCGUGGAGCUGUUGUGUGACUGUGUCAGGCCUGGACAAGGAAGGCCCUUAGGGAUGAUGUCCCUGCUGCAUAUUUAUUCAAGGUGACUCUUGUACUUGGCAAGGGAAGUCCACUGUGUGAUUGUCUGUAUUCUUAAUAUAAUUUGUUAAAUAAACGUUUGUUUUAACCUC